AUGACGCCGCCUGAGUCGCACCGAGGUCGUCGCAACGACCGAGGCCAUGAUGAAUUCGCCCGGCCUUCGUCCUCGUACCGCGUUAGAGAUCGCAGCAGCGACCAUGACAGCUACCAUCGAGCCCCCUCGUCGCACUCAUCCCACUACGACCGCCCCGAUGAUGCUUAUUACUACCACGACCACCGUGCUCCGCGCAGAGUGAGCCCGGACUACGAUGCAUACUAUGACCGCGACCGACCUCGCGAAUAUCGCUAUGGUGACCGUCGACGCGAGUCCCGCUCGUCGCGCUCCCUCUCGCCUCACCGCAGCUAUCGCGAUGGGCCCGAGCCGCGCGGCUACCGCGGCGCUUCCUACGAUUCGCAAGAGAACUAUAUGGAUUACCACCGCUCGGAUCGUAGCCAAUCGCCCCGCCGUAGGAGCCAUGACAGACACCACAGGAGUGGCUCACCCCAGUCUGCUGACCAUGAGCCACAUCCCCCUCCUCUGGCUAGCGAUAUCCGCCAACUUGCUCGUAAUGCUGAGCACGACUCGGCCCAUGACGGCCAACAUACGCAAUUCCUUCUUGUGUCUGGCCUGGGCAUGUCAAUUGAUGAAAAGACGCUGGCUGAAGGAUUGACCCGCCUCUACAAGGCAGACGAUGAUGCAAGCGCGCCUUCCCAGCCAUCUGCUGGGGCAGGACUCAGGUCGACAGCGCUUAAGCCUACCUCGGUGCCCAGGAAUCCCGGUGCUAAAAAGGAUAGUUUGAAGCGAGUCUUCUUAAUCCGGGAAAAGAAGUCCCGUUAUAGCUGCGGCUAUGGACUGGCGGAGUUCCACAAUAAGGAGGAAGCGAAAGCGGCCUACGAGAAGUUCGUGUACGAAAAAGGCCUUACCAUCUCCUCCAAGGACGUGUCCGUUACCUUUGCUCAUCUUGGGGUCUUCGUCCCGGCAAGAGAAGGGACCCCGAAUGAGUACUCUCACCUUGCGGGUAGUGAAACAACCCAGCGGUUUGAGUACCGUAUCCCAAAGCUGUUCGCCAAUGAGGAAAUGGUGUCGGAGCAUCCGCCGGAAGACCCCAAACUGCCUGACGCAUCUCAAAUUCCACAGAAGGGAGGCAGCGAUGGUAAUGGCACGGAUCAGGGAGAGAAGAAAACAAAGAAGAGGAAGGCAGAGGAAACUACAGCCCCAAAGAUCAAGAGUCGCAUGACCAUAUCAGCUUUCGACACGUGGAAACAGAGACAGACCGAGCUGGGCAGCGAGGAGCCCCAGAAGGCGCUACUCACAGACCCCCUCGUAAGCUUCGAGGAGGGCAAGUGCUACCUUUGUGGUCGCGUCUUCAAGGGUGACACAUUGAAAGCCCAUCUCGAAAGGUCCGACCUGCACAAGAAGAAUCUCGCGAACCAAGAGGAGAUCGCAGCAGGUUGGGAGAGACUCAAGAAGGCCCAUCCAGAUACCGUAGUGCCUGCAGCCGCACCGGCUUCCCCGCCAAAGGAGUUUCGAGAUCGCGCGAAGGAGCGCCGGAAGCAAUUCGGCAGAACAGCACCUCCGUCAAAAGAUCCCGGCUCUCGUGCAAAGGCCCGGUCCCCGUCCCCAGCCCCGGAGCCCGGGAUUGGCGCGAAGCUGCUAGCCAAAGCUGGCUAUACAGCAGGCGCUGGCCUGGGUGCGUCCGGUAGUGGCAUCACGGCACCUAUUGAGGCUCAGAUGUACCGACAGGGUGUUGGUUUGGGGGCAGAAGGAGGCAAGAUUGGAGAAGCGCACACGGUGGCGCAACAAGACUAUUUGCAAAGCGUUCAGGCGUCUGCAAGGGGCAGAUACAAGGCUCUACAGGAACGCGACUCUUGA